AUGAAUCCCACAAUCCUUUGCGUUCUUGCUUUCGCUCUAUCAGCUGUAACUGCAGCUCCGAGGAAUAUUUUCAGAUCAAGCACGGUGCAUAAACAACAACCCGCAUCACUGAAUAGACAACAUAACGUGCAAACGUCACCUCGAAUGCAGCAGCUGCUGGCGCGCAUGCGUAACCCAACCAAGAUAAACCUAAUCAGAAACAGUCCAUCACCAACGAAGAAGAUUCAAAUCGAUCCGCACAGCCGGACAGUUUCCAUAAAAUCCCAGGGUCAGCCUCAUAUAAUACUAAAGAGCCGACGUAAUCUAAGGCUUAAAAUUCACGGAAGGAGAGGGGAACCAACCAAGGUAAUCAAUGUUAUGUUCCAUAAACGUCCCUCUUCACAGCAACAAAGAAAUUCAAUCAUUCAACAGGAUCAACGUCCUCUAAUGACGUCAUCAUCAAUGCAGAAUUCUCUAGGAAAGAAUCAAAAUACUUUGAAACAAGCUACACACAAAGAUACCCAACAGAAAAACUCACAGGUCUUACAGGGUCACAUUAAAGGACAAAUCGGACAGAAUGUCAUUUCAGCGAGUCAACAUUUGAAAACUGGGAGCGAAACCCAAAUUCGUCUUCUUGGUGAAUUACGUUCAACCCUUGAGCAGUUGAUUCGGCAGAAACUUCUUUCCUCUAACUUCCAGAAAUCAUCCACGGCUUCAAUCACUGAUAAGGUAUACAGUAAGACAAUGGAAACCAUCAAAGUAACCGGUAAUACUCAGAUACCUGUGGCAGGUAAAAGCGAAUCCACUUCUUCCGUUUUUCCAAGCACGACGUCAUUCCCGGUCGAUUACGAGACAGAGGAACCAGAAUAUCGGUGA